AUGGCCAAAUCCUCACCGCCCACACCGUCCACGCCGUCCACGCCGUGCACACCGUCGACAUCAGCCGCCGUCGUGCGGGCAUCGUCACCCGGCCCGGACCCCUCAUCACGAUAUCCCUCGCGAGCACUGAUCUCGGGCAACCUCGUCGACUGGGCCCUCAACAAGGUCAUCUUCGUCUCCUCCUCCAUCCUUCUCGGUUCCUUCUUCACCCAUUGGAUCGUCGACUACUACAUCAUAUGGCAGGGACCGGCCGUCUCGCAAGCGUCGGUCGACCGCGCGUUGGCCUACUACUCCCAUCUCGCCUUGCAGAGCUCGGCCGUGUACCCGCUUGGAUUGGCCGCUUUGGCUGGGUCGGCACUGUUGAGUUGCUUGAUCAAGCUCAGUAUGAACCCGCUCAAGGGCAUGCUCUUUGAUGGCGCUUCGUUCCGUAAGUCGUCUCCCGGUAGCUCAACAGCGAGCGAGCAGUCAUCGACGUCAUCGGUCCAAGCUCAAUCUCUGCCCACUUUCGCACCUUGCAGUCCUUUUGGCAUCCGGACUGUCCGUCUAUGCUUCCAACGUACGAACUGCCCUCGCAUACCUGCCCGGACUCGGUGGCACGACCACAACCACGGCGCAAUUUCGGACGACCGAGGCGUUGCAAUCCAUCGCCGCGAGCAACCUCAUCAUCUGCGUCAGUCUGUUUGAUCAUGUUCCGAAUCCAUGGCGGAUAAAAGGCACUCAUGCAGUCGAUACCGACUUUAUACUCUCUGUAGGUCUCCUUGACGGGUAUCCUGGCGUUGCAAGCCGCUCAAGGGCAUUCGGACCGGAGAGCCAAUCCCAUCACCGUAGUCAGGGGGUGA